AUGAACACCCUUCAUAUCCAUCCACCUGCGAUUCGUACCGCGCAGGCCAUUGGCUUGACGGGUUCGGCGAUAUUGGCUGGUGCGAGUUUGGUUAUGAGUUUUAUAAACGUCCCAACCUUCCUCCUCGCCCCCGCCCCCGUCCUCGUCAAACAAUGGAAACACAACUUCAUAGCUGGCCGCGCCGCGCUCCCGCUCCUGUCCGUCAUCUCCGCCGGCGCCAACUUCUAUCUCUAUUCCCGCUCCGCGUACACGCUCCCGUCGUAUCUCUUCGCGGGACUGACUAGUGUGGGGAUUAUACCGUAUACGGUUGUGUUUAUGAGGGGGGUUAAUGGGAGGUUGAUGGGGAUGGCGGAGGGGGUUGAGGAGGGGGAGAUGGGGAGGGUGGGGAGCUUGGAAAGUGUGCAUGAACUUGUUGAUUGGUGGGGGGUUUUGCAGCUUGGGAGGACGGGGUUGGUUUGUGUUAGUGCUGUGUUGAAUGUUUGGAAUGUCUUUUGUUAG